GCCAUUGGCUGAAGCCCGUAGUCUGCGCCAUAAUAGAAUAUACAUGAAUUCAUAUAUGUGUGUUGUUUAAAAUAUUAAAGGUGCACCGCCAUCAAACAAAAAAAAGAACGUUAUCAAAAAUAAUUCAGCUUGAACAAUUUGAAUGAUUAGCCGGACGCAGCAAUGACGUCAGACACUUUAACUUCCGGGUUGACGGCGAAACCUUCCACGCGCUUGUCAACACGCAACAGGUUGGAUUUUGUUACAAAGUCGUUUAUUGUUCAUUCCUGAACGCAAACAUCUGAAAUAAUUAUGUCUCCAAAAGGCAGUGAGGACGUGUAUUAUUCGUUAGCCAGUUAGCAUAGCCAAGGAGCUAGCCGGGUGAAGUUAGCAUAGCCAAGCAGCUAGCCGGGUGUAGUUAGCAUAGCCAAGCAGCUAGCCGGGUGUAGUUAGCAUAGCCAAGCAGCUAGCCGGGUGUAGUUCGCAUAGCCAAGCAGCUAGCCGGGUGUAAUUAGCAUAGCCAAGCAGCUAGCUGGGUGUAGUUAGCAUAGCCAAGCAGCUAGCUGGGUGUGGCCAUGGCGCUGUACGCCAAGGCGGCAGAGAUCCUGGAGAAGGUGGAGCAGCAUCAGGGCACGGUCAAGACGCUGGUGUACGCCAGCAAGUUCAGCAACAUCAAGCAGCUCUUCGCUCUGGUGUGUGAGACCAGGAAGUUCUCGGCCGUCCUGCAGGAGAUCAUCCUGUCCUCCAAGCUGCUGAAGAACACCAAGCUGAAGAUGCACCUUGCCAAGGUGCUGGUCUACGACCUGCUCCUGGGCCAGGGCCUCAAGUGCGGCGGCUCCUGGAAGGUGCUGCUGAUGAAGCAGCGCUCCCGGCUGCAGGCCGAGCUGGCCCGCAUGAAGGUCCGGCAGAAGGUGAGCAGGAACGAGGACUUGCUGGCCAGCAGCGCCAGGCGGUCCGAAGGAGACCUGCUGCCCAGGUACGUGCGUGUCAACACCCUGAAGACCACGGUGGAGGACGCCGUGGACUACCUAAAGAGGGAGGGCUUCUCCUACAGGGGUGAGGCCUCCACGCUAGAUGAGCUCACCCUGAAGGGCCGGGAGUUUGUGAAGGACCUCCAUCUGCCCCAACUGCUGGUCUUCCCGCCCAAGACGGACUUCCACCAGCACUUCCUCUACAAGGCGGGACACCUCAUCCUGCAGGACAAAGCCAGCUGCCUGCCUGCCUUCCUCCUGGACGUGCCGCCCGGCAGCCACGUCAUCGAUGCCUGCGCCGCCCCCGGCAACAAGAGCAGCCAGUUGGCCGCCGCCAUGGAGAACCGGGGCAAGCUGUUUGCCUUCGACCUGGACGCCAAGCGCCUGUCCACCAUGGCCACCUUGCUACUGCGAGCAGGUGUCACCUGCCAGCAUCUGGCACACCAGGACUUCCUGCAGGUGGACAGCCAAGCUGACAUCUACCGGGAAGUGGACUACAUCCUGCUGGACCCUUCCUGCAGCGGCUCUGGCAUGGUGUGCCUGCAGGACCCUGGCUCCUCCCCCUCCACGCCCCCUGAGCAGCUGGAAGGUCGCCUGCGUGCGCUGGCAUCCUUCCAGCUGCGCUGCCUCAAUCACAGCCUGACUUUCCCCCGCCUCAAACGUGUGGUGUACUCCACCUGCUCCACCUACCGCCAGGAGAACGAGGACGUGAUCUCUGCCUGUCUGCAACACAACCACACCUUCAGGUUAGUAGAUGUGUUACCAGAGUGGCCAGAGCGUGGUCUACAUCCAGUGAGUCAGUGUGUACGUGCCAGUGUCAACAAGACACGCACACAAGGUUUCUUUGUGGCCGUGCUGGAGAGAUGCCAUCCAGCAGGUCAUGUGACUCCACCUCUCCAAAUAAGACUAGUGGAUGAGAGGUGUGUCAGCCAUCAAGGUGAUGACAUCACAGCUGUACCACACAACAAGACUAAGAAGAAGAAGAAAAAGAAAAAGAAAACAGCUGAAGAUGAUCAGUGAUUGGACCAAGUGCAGGAGGCCGAGCUUAAUCUAUGGCAGACUUGGACUGGAGAGCCCUGUGAUGAGGUAGUGACUUGUCCAGGGUGUACCCCGCCUUCCACCCCAAUGCAGCUGGGGUAGGCUCCAGCACCCCGAAAUUUAGAAAAAACUGCAAUAAAAUGUACUUUGCUUUCAAAUAUUUGAAUUACACAAUCAAAUCUUUUUAGAGAGUCUACUCAGUUGAAAUAAAAGAUAUAACAUAAAAAAAUAUAUAAAAACAAGAUAUAAAAUAGGUUGAUUGGCAACACUAAAUUGGCCCUAGUGUGUGAAUGUGAGUGUGAAUGUUGUCUAUCUGUGUUGGCCCUGUGAUGAGGUGGCGACUUGUCCAGGGUGUACCCCGCCUUCAGCCCGAUUGUAGCUGAGAUAGGCUCCAGCGCCCCCCGCGACUCCAAAAGGAAUAAGCGGUAGAAAAUGGAUGGAUGGAAGAUAUAAAAAAUAAAAUAUAUAAAAAACAAGAUAUAAAAAAUAAAAUAUAAGAUAUAAAAACAAGAUAUGAAAAAUAAAAUAUAUAAAAAGAAGGAACCAGCAGGGUCAGCUGUACCUGGCAGAGGACAGCCAGUGAGGGACCACACCCCACAACUGGACGGGAAGACCGCCCCCGUACCCCGGAGAGCAUGGCGGGUCCACCCCAGAACACCACACCAAAGUCAGCCACCCCAGGGCCAUGGGAACCACCCACCCUACCUGCAGGGACCCCAACCAUGGAGAUGAACCAUCCAGCAACUUCCCUGUCAAAUCCUCCCCCUACAUACAUAUGUACAUACAUACUGUAUGUAUGCAUGUACAGACAUACAUAUGUAGUAGUGACGUGCGGUGAGGUUCAUGGCUGGUGAGGCACUGACUUCAUCACAGUCAGAUUUACAAACAUAUGAACCCUAAAGAGUAUCUUAUUCACCAUUUGAUUGGCAGCAGUUAACGGGUUAUGUUUAAAAGCUCAUACCAGCAUUCUUCCCUGCUUGGCACUCAGCAUCAAGGGUUGGAAUUGGGGGUUAAAUCACCAAAAAUUAUUCCCGGGCGCGGCGCCGCUGCUGCCCACUGCUCCCCUCACCUCCCAGGGGGUGAUCAAGGGGAUGGGCCAAAUGCAGAGGACAAAUUUCAUUACACCUAGUGUGUGUGUGAGACAAUCAUUGGUACUUUAACUUAACUUUAACUUUACACAUACAAACUGUAGCACACAAAAAAGCACAUUUAACAAAAAAAAAACGUUAUUAUGGUCUUACCUUUACUUAUAAAUGAAGUCCAUGCGCCGCUGUUGUGCUGGAUCAAUGCACUCCCGCCGUAGAA